GGGGGGGAGGGGGGGCUGGAAUAAUAAAAUGUUCCGGAUAUUCGGGGAACGGAAUUUAUCGAAUCUUUAAAACAACAACAACAAUGGCUGCGCCCGCAGGAUAUAGAUUGCCAAAGCGGCCUUUAGAUAAAUGGUCAACACGUGAACGCCUUUCAUUAGCCUCCUCUGUAAAGAAAAGUGGAGACCAAAACUGGGUAUCUGUCAGCAGAGCAAUAAAACCUUUUAUAGAAUCUGUCCGACCCCCAGACUGGUUUUCUCAGAAGAAUUGUGCCUUACAGUAUGCAGAUCUAUUGGAAAAAGCAGAAACUCCAAAGCGAAAGCGUGGAGAGAAGGGUGAACGAGAGGUCGUGGAAACCCCAGCCAAUCAGAUUGUACGUAAGCUGACAAUAGAGCGUAUAGAGGAACUCAAAGUUGUUAUUCAGGAUGAACAGCAAAGAUACAAGAAACUAAAGAAAGAGGUAGAAGCCAUCAGACUUGGUAAAUGUGAUGGCAAGAUUAAUGAAAUGUGGGAAACCUUGCAAGCAGAGAAGAAAGCAGCAGAGGAGAAAAAAAAGGAAGAGGAACAGAAACUUGCAGAGGAGAUUGCUGAGAGAGCUAAAGCUCAAGCAUUACGUAAGAUGAGCAGCAGUGGUAUACAUCGAACUCCAAGUACAGUAAGUUCUGUGUCUGAGAUGGACGAGAGUACACAGGAUUCCAUGCCAGAUACCCUAAAUGUGGAGACGACAGAUGAUGAGUUUCCGACCACGCCCACCAUGAUUCAGCCAAUCACAAUUGAGAUUCCACAAUCAGUGCCAGUUGAUACAAAACCAGCUCCGCCCACUUCACCACUGCUGUCUUCCUUAUUACAGAGUAAACAUUCCUCUGUAGAUAGUCUCCAACAAAUAAAAGCUGAAGCAGAGGCUAACCAUGCUUUGAAGGCAGCUAAUCAGGCAGAAGCUCUCCAACAAUUAACCAAUCAACAAAUAGAACAAGCUACAACCGAGACUGUUCAAACCACACCAGUAACAGAAGAACAGCCAAAUAUAGAAGAAGUUGCUAUGGAAGCACAUAUCAAAGUUGAGAAUGAGGUUGAGAUAAUAGCUGAUGUUAAAACUGAAGUAGAUGUUGAAUCAACAGAUCAAGUGAUAGAAGUGGAGAGUAUGGAUGUGAAGGAAGAAAUAGUGGAGUGUCACGAUAUGGUUGUCGAGGAAACUAUAGAAGUCACGACACAUGAGAGUCCUGUUAAAACACAACAACCUAAACAAGAGGCAGCAGUGAUAGAGGAAGUACCAGAAGUAGAGGAGACUGUGACAACAACAAGUUAUGUUAAAGACGAGGUGUUAGUGAAAGACGAUCCCCCUUCACCAGCCAGUAGUAUAUCUUCACGUGUUAGUGAGGCUGGCAGUAAAUCAAGCUCACGUAGAUCUAAAGGAGGUCGAGGGUCAUCUGGAGCCAGGAGAAGUAGUAUAAGAUCUGCUAGGAGAUCCAACACUGAUGAUUUAAGUUCUCGUCCGAGUGAUGCGGAGACUACAGAUGAUGAUGGUGACUCAAGUAUUGCACUUCCGACCUCUGGUAACAUGGCGCUGUCAGAAUCCAUCCCCAAUAGUCCUCAUAGCUCACACUGUUCAGAUACGGAGGACGACAAAGCUUACAAAUCCUGGAAGAAAUCUAUCAUGCUUGUAUGGAGGGCUGCUGCUAACCACAAUUCAGAUUUAAGGAGGAAGGUGGUCAAGUUGUUUCAGAUGUCUAUCCUUUAUAAUGCUGUCAGUGAUUAUGACUUGACUAUACUACCUGUGCAGUCAGGCCAGCUGUGCAGUCAGGCCAUCUGUGCAGAUGAUUUAAGUUCUCGUCCGAGUGAUGCGGAGACUACAGAUGAUGAUGGUGACUCAAGUAUUGCACUUCCGACCUCUGGUAACAUGGCGCUGUCAGAAUCCAUCCCCAAUAGUCCUCAUAGCUCACACUGUUCAGAUACGGAGGACGACAAAGCUUACAAAUCCUGGAAGAAAUCUAUCAUGCUUGUAUGGAGGGCUGCUGCUAACCACAAGUAUGCCAAUGUAUUUCUUCAUCCGGUCACAGAUGAUAUAGCACCAGGCUAUUCUAUUGUUGUUAAGAGGCCAAAAGAUUUGACGAUCAUUAAACGACAUAUUGAGAAUGGUACAAUACGAACAACAUCGGAGUUUCAGCGAGACAUGAUGCUCAUGUUUACAAACGCCAUCAUGUACAACAAUUCCAACCAUGAUGUGUAUAGAAUGGCCAUAGAAAUGUACAACGACGUUCUUGAGCAAAUAGAGCAGUAUGUAAGUACACAAAUAAUGGUUCAGAAUACAGAGGCGAAGUUACUGCGACCUACAAGGAGAAAUGAGAGUAGUGAUAAAGAGGAGGAAUCCAGACGGAGAAGAACAUCAUCGGAGGCGGAAGGCGGGAAAUCAAAGAAACGUAAAUCAAGAGCUGAUGAAACUUGAAAACAUUUCUUUAUCUUUCUAACAGUGAUUUGAAUAAAACUUUCAUUUGAGAUAAAGGAAUGAAGACUGUAAAAAUAGACAAAAAUUGUACAGUGUAGGAGUUGCAUAAGUGAUGAUUGCAUCGAAUAGAAUUUUGUUCUGUAAAUGAAUCUGAAACCUGGUAGAAUGUUAAUGAGAUAUAAGUUGUGUAUAUAUUUAUAGAACAUCUGUGGUGAUUAAAGGUCAUCAGAAAAUGUAUGAAGGUAAAAGAUUGAAUAGCUGAAAAGAUAAAAAUGACAGAAGUAUUUGUUUGUUUCAAGGUGCUAUACAGUAGAAAAUUAGUAAAGAAUAAUUAUCAUGUUGUUUUUUUUAUAAUAAUGGGAAGGUCCUGAAAGACUUUGAUUUUAUGGAAAAGAAUCUGGAUAUCUUGGUAAAAAAAAGAAAUUUGUAUUAAAAAAAAAACAAGAACGGAAAAAAAAACAAAAACAAAAAACUACCUUACUGCAUAUUUUAUAAUUUAAAAUAUGUGGCAUAAAAUAAAUGUCUAACAACCACAGUUGUGUUCACUUUAUAUGAAUUACAGUAAUAGUAAUUUUAAUGCUUUCUGUCAUGUAAACAUAAAUUUUGAAUAAAUUUUUUUGAUGUA